AUGAAAGAGCCUCUGGUUUCUAUUCCUCUCAAUGUUCAAAGAGAUAACUUCGCGAAGCUAAACUCGUUGGAAUUAGACAGAAUUUCAGAAGGGUUAAAUUACCCUGAUGAAUCAGAAUGGUCCAUCAAAAUAGCUUGCAGCGAUCGCAACGUUGAUCGUAAUAGAUAUACGAAUGUAUUUCCAUGGGAUAAAACACGGGUGAAGUUACCCGUAAUAAAUGGUGGAUCUGAUUAUAUCAAUGCGUCGUACAUUAGUGUUAAUGAUGAAAAACCAAGCUACAUUCUGACACAGGGUCCCCUUGUCAGAACAGUGCAUCAUUUUUGGGCCAUGUGCUUCUCUGAGUCAGAGAAGCAAAAGAAUGAUGUUGUUAUAAUCGCAAUGGUGACUCCUUUGGUCGAGCUGAACGUCACUAAAUGCAACAGAUACUGGCCAAUCAAUGAUAACGAAGAAUUGGAUUUUACAGAAAAUUUGAAGAAAGAUUCGAUCGAUUUGCCUGGCUUAAGCAUUAAGCAAAUUUCAUCCACCUAUAAUAGUGAUGUGGACUACUUAGUGACGAUACUUGAGUUGAAAUCGGGAGAUAAAGUCAAAACAGUUUAUCAUUAUUACUACUUCAAAUGGGCUGAUUCUAAAGUUCCCUCAUCUGUUCUUCCUUUAGUUUCAUUAUCUAAAGAAAUUGCUCAAAUAAAGUUGAGCGUCUCAAAUACGCCCAUUCCUAUAGUACACUGUUCGGCUGGUGUCGGUCGUACUGGCACCCUAAUAACAUUAGAUCAACUUCUUCACAAUAAAACCCUUUACCGUUCUAAAGAUCCUAUAAUGGAGAUAGUUUCUCAGCUUCGAUCAAGUAGAAUGAUGAUGGUUCAGACGGUGUAUCAGUUUAAUUUCCUUUACGAAGUGUUAAUGAAUUAUAUAGAAAAGCAGUCUCUUCAUAAUUAG